AAAAAAAAAAGGUUGAUAGAAUGUAAAGAAAGUAUGAGCGUGUCGGUUUCUAGACCUUUCCCUCCAUUUUCUUCUUUCACUCAUCACUGUCUCUUCCCAUUCAAAAUCCAUUGAAUUCUCUGCAAUCCACACUCCAAUCAUCAUCCUUAUCUCAAUCUCCAUCUCCAUGGCUACUCUAACUGCAGCUUCUUUUUCUUCUUCUUCAUCCUCUUACAUGUGCUUAACCAAGGUAUCUCCCCCAUUGCCUUCCACUUCAUUCCCAAUUCCGUUCCCAACUCUCCCGAAAACCCCUCGCAAUUCUUCUUCUUUCUCUUUUGCUUCCCCUCUUCCUUCAAGGACAAGCCUUCGGUUCAAUCCGUGUUUUGCUCGGAACGACCACUUCGGUGAUUUUGUGGAAAUGAAGGAGGAGACGAGCGAGAUGCGUUUGUAUUCUCUUUCGCCUUUUCCUUUACUCUUCAUUGCUGCUCUUCCUGGAGGGGGAACUGUGAGGUCACUCUUUGGUCCUUUCGUUGAGCUUGUUAAAUCGUUGAAUCUUCCUGAAUGGCUGGUACAUUGGGGCCAUCCAGGAAACAUGGCUGUUGUGCUCUUUGCCAUGGGUGGCUAUGGAACAUAUUUAGGUUUUCGUAUCCGUUACUCUGACGAUGUGGAGGAGAAGGCUUAUGCCAAGGACUUGCAUCCAAAGCUUCUAGGCGGGAUGUUUUUCUUUUUUGCUCUUGGAGCAACAGGUGGAAUCAUUUCUCUACUUACAUCAGACAAACCUAUAUUUGAGAGUCCGCAUGCUGUAACGGGGUUCAUCGGUCUCGCACUAUUGACUGUACAAACUCUUCUGCCUUCACUCUUUGAGGAUAAUCCUGGGCUGAGAAAUGUUCAUGGUAUUUUGGGUAGUGGAAUCAUGACACUGUUUCUCAUCCAUGCUGCAUUUGGACUUCAACUUGGCCUCAGCUACUAAAUCUUAACUGCUAGUAUAGAAUAACAAUCUUUCUGCAAUCCUUACGAAGAUCCCUCGGCACUAUUCUUCCCGAAGAGGAAAUUUUCAUUUUAUUGCCUUUUCCUCAGGUAUCAUAUUAUAUUUCUUGUUCACUAUUUAUUCAUUGUUCCCCCCCUUCUCUUUUCCUUUUUUUUCUUUUACAAAUUUACGCAAGGCCCUCUUAUUUGCAACCUGCUCUUUUUCUUGAUGUUGUCGAUGGUAGGUGUUAAUCUUGUUGUUUCUUUAAUUGCAUUUGUACAUUGAUACAGUCAAUUUUAUAUGCGAAGUGUGUCGAUGAAGAUCUUAAUGUA